CAAUCAUGUGAUUAAGUAGUGGCAUUAAAAAAAAAAGUAUGGCGACCGGAAGAUAAGAUUACAGACUUAGAAAUGAAGUGUAAACACGUCCAUUGAAAGCAACUUGUUCCACCUGGCCUGGCUGUGACAGCUCAUUGUUUACACUCCCACUGUCCAGUAAAGCGGAGAUCGUCGAUUUUUGACAGUUCAUCAAACUGCAGUAACAUGACGGACAGAGGGGAAACUAUGUAUAGCAUUCCACUAUCAAGUGAUAGCGACAGUGGUGAACUGUCGCAUAAGAAUUUCCUCAACCAGACUGGACUAUCCAGUGAUGGAUUUAAUAUUUUAGAUCCAGAUGCCAAUCCAGAUGAGUUGGAAGAAAAGCAGAGACUGAUAAAUCAAGUUAUGGAACUUCAAAACACUCUAGAUGAUCUGUCAUCUAGAGUUGACUCAGUUAAAGAAGAAAAUCUGAAGCUAAAAUCUGAGAAUCAAGUCUUAGGACAGUACAUUGAAAACUUGAUGACUGCAAGCAGUGUUUUCCAGGCCACUGAUGCAAAGUCUAAGAAAAAGUAUGAAAUUAUCUGUUGUUUUGAUGACAUCUGAUUAGAAGUUAUGUUUUAAUGUGUAUAUCAAUGAAAACAAGAGCACAUACCUACAACAAGUGAAACUGUGUCAUAUUGAUAUAAACAGAAACUAUGUAAACCACACCGAGCAAUUUAUUUUCCUUCAGCGGAUGUUUUGAAUAUAGUGGAUUAUUAAAGGAUAAUUAAUAUUUAUAUGAUUUUACAACACUUUACAAUUCCACUCUUCACAAUAAAUUAAAGACUAGGCUUUUUGACAUCAUAGGCAGCUGCUUCUUCAAUAAAAAUGGAACUUAGGGAUAUAUUUUAUAUCUUGUGAUAAGUAAUUAAAAAAAUCAUUAUGUUGGAAUCCAUUCCGAUUCUAUGCACAAGUACAUGUACUCUGAAGUAAGUUGAUAUCGUAAAGAUGCUCAAAUUCCUCAUUGACAUUAUGUAGGUAGUCCUAAAAAUCAGUCUUCCAACACUGUUGGUAUUCCCAUGUCCACAUAUUGUGCUCCUUCAUUAGCUGACCUGUUUUUGUAUUCUUUUGUGGCAAAUUUAUAUAAAUCCUUCUAUGUGAGAAGAAGCACUCUUGCUGUGGCAUUCAACUCAACAUUUCAAAUACUGUACCAUAUUUUACCGAAUAUAAUAUGCAUUGGUAUUUAAUACUGAGCUGAAAGCGCAAGUGAGCUUUUCUGAUCACCGGUUGUCCAUCGUCGGUCCAUUUGUCUGUAAACUUUUCAGACUUAUUCUCCAGAAACACUGGGCCAAUUUCAACCAAACUUAGUACAACUCAUCCUUGGGUGAAGGAGAUUAAAGUUUUAUUCAAAUGAAAGACCGUGCCCCUUUCAAAGGGGAGAUAAUAGCAAAAAUGGGAUGGCGUCAUUUAAGAAUCUUCUCAAGAACCACUGGUCCACACUUAUUAUGACAUUUCUGUUUGUAUUUUUUCAAAAAAGGUUGUUAACGCAAAACAAUACUUACACAUACGUUUAGGAAAUAUAUUGUCAGUGUUGUUUACUAUUCUUGUUAAUUGAAUUUGAAGUUUGAUUGCAUUUAUUUUAUCGUACACUCCUUUAUUUGUGUAAAGCAACAAGUAAAUGACAAUUGCAAUAGACUGUACAUGUAUGUAAACUUUUGUUGACAUUUAUCUCUCGACAUGUUCUUGCAUGACUUAAUAAUCCAUCAAGAUAAAUUAUCAUAUAUAAAUUAAUGUGUAUAUUUCUUGUAUAAAAAUAUUUCUUCUCGAAAAUAUAUAUGCUUAAUUUCUCUUAAAGACAAUACAAACGCAAGUAUAUCGAUUGCUGCUUUCUUAUACAACUGUAUACAUGUAGAACAAAUCAGUUUUAUAACGAACUCGUUAUAUUUGAAUUAUGAAUUUGCUAUAAACGUAUAGCGAAUUACGCUUAUAGCGAAUGUUUUUGGAGGGUCCCCAGAAAUUCGCUAUAUCAGAGUUUUACUGUAUAGGGAAAAUCUUUAAAAGUCUUCUUCUCAACAACCACUGAGUCAUAAGAGUAGAGAUUUACUUGGAAGCUUCCUGGUAUAAAAUAGGUUCAAGUUUGUUCAGAUCAUGGCCCCCCAAGGGGAUCAAAGUUUUACAUACAAAUAUAUAGGGAAAGUCUUUAAAAAUCUUCUUAAGAACCACUGGACCAGAAAAGUUUAUAUUUACAUGAAAGCUUCCUGACAUAGUGCAGAUUCAAGUUUAUUAAAACCAUGGUCUCCAGGGGUAGGUUCGGGCCACAAUAAGGAUCAAAGUUUUACGUGCAAAUAUGUAGAGAAAAUCUAUAACUAUGGGCCAAGGUGAGUCAGGUUAGCGAUGUGGCCCAUGGGCCUCUUGUUUUAGGCAACCUUAUGUAUAUAUUGGGCAAAUUUGAGAAAUAUAGUGAACAUUAAUAUGAAAGAAAUAUCGUUAAAGUUUAUUUUGUUAGAAUUGCAAAUAGCAAAUACCCCAAUAUACAUGUAUAAGGUAUAUUGCUCUCAUAUGGAAUACUAUAUAGUGUACCUCAACUUAGUCAAUAACUAGACUAGUUGGGCUCCUCUCUAAAUUGAAUUAAAGGAACUUUGUAUGUUUCAUAAACUAUGUGGACUCCAAUACUGGGUCAUGGGCACAAAUGUUUUCGAUUAUGCAUCCUGUACAAUCGCAUUGAGUGUGCUUGCAUUGGGUAGGCUUGGGUAAAAUAUGCUUCGUCGAAUCUGCAGAUACUAGUUAUUGUAACAAACACUCCUUCAAUACCUGGACGAUUAAAUAAUGAUAAAAUACUGUUACCCAACUUUGUUUUAUUGUGCUGUUUCAAUUUUGUCUCACAGUUUACAGGUACCUGUUCAAUAAGUGUUAAUUUAGGGACGGGAUUUAUCAUUUGUAAUAAAAUCAUGCAUUUCAAGGUAUAUGCAAGUUUAAUAUAGAAACUUCUAUUAUCUGUAUGUUUUUGAAAAAUUUCAUGAAUUUGUGCUAGUGUUUUGUAUGUUAUGAUAUGGAAUAGUAAUUAGUAUGGUAGGAUUUUACAAAGUAUUUGAUAUUAUUAUUUCAGAUCUGGGAAGAAGAAACCAGGGAAAUAGAAGCACAAUAGACAACAGUUGACACAGUGAAAUAUACAAUGAAUAGGUCAUUAAAAGACUAUCAUAUUGAGAGUUUGCAAGAUCAGUCAAAGGAAACUGUUCAAAACAAUCACAAUUAAAAAUCCUACAAAUGUGUACCUGUACAUCUUACCAUUAUUUGUGUUUUGUUCAUUUAGUUUGAGUAAAGUCUUCCCUGUCAUGAAAUCCAUUAGAGCUACAAACUUGGUUGUCUUGCAUUAUACAUUAUUUAAUUUUGUUUUGCUUUUGCAAUAACCUUUUGUUUAUAGAUUUUUUUUUAAUUUUGAAAUUGUUACACUGCCUUAAUGUUGAUAUGAUAUUAUAUAUGAAAAAUAUGCUUUGUGUUGUUAUGUAAAAUAAAAUUAUAUAAUAGAU